UCGAUUUUGGGGAUGUGGGCGCGACGUUCCCGGGCCGCAGCGGGGUCGGGCAGGGGCUCCACAAUAAUAUUGGAGGAGCUGUUCCACAUCGCGCCUCGUGUUGACGAGCGGAAAAGCAUCGCAGAGCAGGCGCAUCCUCCGGAGCUGUCGGGGUGCUGUGGGCUGCAGGACGCCGUGAGUCAGGCUGCGUCGUGCUUCUGCAUCCUGGACGGCGAGCGCUGCGCACAUCCGACGGUCGAUUCAAGUGCUGUUGAUUGAGCAUCCAGUCUUGAGCUCUCUCCGCGCUCAUGCAGUCGCGCAUUCCUCCGCAAACAUGAAGAUUUACACGUCUCCGACCCAGAUCGACAUCCCCACCACCCUGUCCCUAACACAGCUCCUCCACACCUCAACCACGCCCCCACUGCCCCCAUCGCACCUCAUCGCCUCAGACUCGCUCACGCACCGCUCCCUCACGCUCCACGAACUCCGCACCAACGCCGGACGCCUCGCAAACGGCCUGGCAAAGACGUUCAGACCGCGCGACCAAGCACACUGGGCUGUUAUCCUGCCCAAUUCCUGCGACUAUGUCGAGAUUGUGCACGCGGUCCUCUGGACAGGCGGCGUGGUCUGCCCGAUCAACCAUGCCAUCGUCGCGGCGGACAUUGCCCACGGGCUGACGGUCACGAGACCUGCUUUCGCCGUCGUGUACGGGCCUGUGGUGUCGAAGGUGGAAGAAGCGAUUGCGCUGGCGGUGAAAGACCUCCAAGCGCAGGGCGUAUCCUGGAGCCCACCAACCAUAGUAUCCAUUGUCGAGCGGGCAGCGUCAAGCUCGCCCCAAUACAAACACAUACCCGACGACUUCGCAUCGUUCCGCGACCCGCUGCCCAUACCACACUACGCAGACACGCGCCAACGCCUCGCAACCAUCCACCUCUCCUCGGGCACGACCGGCGCGCCCAAAGGCGUCCAACUCACGCACCACAACUUCGUCGCCAACGUCAAGCAACUCGAAGCCCAUGACGCGCCGCAGUUCCACCGCGGCUCCGCCAUUGUCGCCUUCACCCCCUUCGCGCACAUUGGCAACACCACGUUCCCGCUCUUCUUCGGGCCCUAUAUGGGCAUCCACCACCACGCGAUGCCCGUCUUCGGCCUCGAGCCAUACGCCGCGCUCGUCGAUUCGGUGAAGCCGACCAUCUUCCAGGGCGUCCCCGCCGUCGUGCUCGCGCUCGCAAAUUCAGACAUCACAACGCGCUUCGACUUCAGCCGGGCCGAGAAGAUCGACUGCGGCGGCCCGCCCUUCAAGGCGGACAUGCUGGCGCGCCUCCUCGAGAAGGCGCCCUGGCGUAUCAACCAAGUCUACGGCAUGACCGAAGCCGCGGGGUACGUCGCGUACCAGCGCGCUGCCGCCCUGCAGCCGCCCACCGCCGUCGGCCCCCUGCUCCCCAACGUCUCCGCCGUGCUGCGCGUCAACGCCGGCGCCGACGAUGCGCCCGAGGGCGGCCCGGGCGAGCUAUGGCUGCGUGGCCCCAACAUCACGCGCGGCUACGCGUUCAACGCCGAGGCAAACCGCGCUGCGUUUCCGCACGACGGCUGGUACAACACCGGCGACGUAUGCACCAUCUCCGCUGCGGGCAUCCUCAGCGUCGUCGGGCGCACCAAGGAGCUCAUCAAGUACAAGGGCUUCCAGGUCUCCCCCGCGGAGCUCGAAGCGUAUCUGAACUCGCACCCAAACGUGGCCGAGGCGGGGGUGGCCGCGGUGUGGGACGAGAGCCAGCUCACGGAGCUGCCGGCGGGGUAUGUGGUGUUGAAGGCGCAUGUUGCAGGGGAAGCGGCGCGGAAGGCGGCGCUGGUAGCGAUUCAGCGCGAUGUCGACGGGAAGGUGAGCGGAUAUAAGAAGUUGAGGGGGGGCGUGUGGGAGGUGCAGCGGCUGCCGCGGAAUGCGACGGGCAAGGUUUUGAGGGCGGAGCUGAGGGGGGCGAGGAGCGGCUUGAGUUCGCUGGAGCGGGAGGAUCGGAGGGUGAAGUUGUAGAGUGGUUGGCAUGGUACAGAGGGCUGGCCUGGCGACUUCGACGAACCUGGAUGGAGGAAAGUCAGCCGUGAGAAACGCGGUACAGGUACGCAGUAAAAUCACCGUCCGUAGCGAAGUGCAUUUCCCAUGCCUGGAAAGGUACAUAGGUUCAUUGUAUCUGUCCCGGCGUGCUCGAUCGAAGCUUUCCCGUCAUGUCUCCUCCAUCACCGGCCCCUCCAAGGUUAUGCUACACGGUACUGUGACAAAGGUGCGAA